AUAAAAGUCCAACUUUUGAUCAUCUUUCUGACAUGACAACAAAACAAAACAACCCAUAUAUUCACUGACAUUGUAUGGAAUAGAAGUCUGUGUGCAGAAUUGUGCAUCGAUUGUGUCAUUCAAUCCUUGUGUCAACACUACGCAUCCUAAUGUGCAUCCACAUUUUCAACAGCUCCUCACAAACAAUUCUACUUCAGGAAUCUUUCAUAAAGAAUAUAGAUGUUCUAGAUGAGGGGAUGUCCACGCAUUUCCAUAUGAGGACAUCAAUACGCAUAAAUGCCACCAUGAUUUCAACCCACACAUUCCCACAGAUUCUAUCCAUGUUCACUAUCACUGAAGUUUUUCUUCUAAUAGCUUCAUAACAUAUUUAGUUACUUCCCACUGUUUUAUCAUAUUUUGCUCACUGAAUAUGUCUCUUGAAUGUCUUCUACCCCAACUCACUCUCCUUAGAGGUCAUUGAGAAGAUGGGACUUCUUACCUAUGCCAGUCUCUGCCUUUUCGGCCUUCUGCUCUUCAGUCCUCUUCCUGGUGCUGAGGCUGAUUCCUGUGCCAGAGACUGGAUGCAAAACCAAGGGAACUGUUAUGCGUAUUUUGACUACAAGUUGACAUGGGCAGAAGCUGAGAUAGACUGCCAGAGCUAUGGCCGCGGGGCCCAUCUUGCCUCUGUUCUCAGCCAGGCAGAGUCAUCUCUCAUUGCCAACUACAUUUCAACUUACCAAAAAGAUAAAAGCAAUGUCUGGAUUGGACUCAAUGAUCCCCGCCAGAAUCACAGAUGGAGAUGGUCUGAUGAAUCAGCCUACAAUUACAGGGCCUGGGCCAAGAACGAGCCAAGCAACAGUGGUAAUAAUGAAUACUGUGUGGAGUUGCUUCUAAUCACAGGUUACAAAGAGUGGAAUGAUAGGUCAUGUCAAGCUUCUAAUACUUACAUCUGCAAGUAUGAACUCUAGAGAAGAUGGCAGCUUCCAGCAAAGCCUUCUUGAAUGUUGAAUGCUUAAUCAGCUGGCUUCAGAUGCUCUUACCUCUUCCCAGUCCAGCAAGCAGUCAACCUCCACCUUCUGCUUCUUUGGACCUCCACUUGGAUACCCAGCAGAAAAUUAAUAAACUUCCUCUUACAUGUGCAUUGGCUGGAUUUUUUUUAUUUAUUUUUUUUGCUUGACAUUCAAAAUAUUGUUCUUUGCCAAUUCUCUUCUUGGGUGACUACAGUGAGGAAAACUCUUCUGGAUAUAGUUCAGAAUGAGAAACUUGGGUAGGACAGCUUCUCUCCGUCUGGAAUGGAAAGUUUCUCAUGCUCCAAUUCCCUUUUCUUCUUAACUAUUCAAGGUCUAACAAUUCCAAUAUUCUUUGGAUCAAUGACACCCAUACAGUUUCUGAUAGUAUUUCUAAAACACUUCCAUAUCCCACGCUUGGCGCACACACCCUGAAGUAUAUCAGAAUAUACACACAGCAUAUUUUUUCCCCAAUGCCUUCCUCUGAAAUAUUUCCUACAGUGGCUAGUAUCCCUUGCUGCUCUGCCAUCCAAGUGCCCUCUACCUAGUUUAUUAAUCUUAAUGGGACUUUUGACUUGAGACUUAAAAAUAAUGCUAUCUCCUAGAGGUUUAAAAAUAGCACAACAUCUACUGACCGAGAGGUCCUCCAACCAAACAGAUACUUCCAGUUGCAUCCUAACAUGCCAUCUAAAAUCACCUUUCUUUCACAUCAGCAUUCAGAGUUGAUGUUUGUACCUAGCAUCAAUAAGGAUGGACUUUUUCACUUAGUUUCUUAUUGAAGGAAAAAAUGAGUCCAUUUAGAAAUUUGAUUCCCUCCGUUCCCAACUUCUGUUGUGUGCCCUUGAGCUUCACCUCCUCCUUCCAAAAGGACACCCCACUGAAUUCAGUUAGGAAUUCCUGCCAUACACCAAGGUCCUCCUAAGGUCUUUUCGCUGGCUAAGGGAAAUCCCAGUUCCCACAUAAACAAAACUGAGUAAACAUAAGAGCACAGUGCCUCAUUCCAAACUUUCCAAUGAGCAGAAAACCAAACUAUGUAAAACAUGCCAUCAAACAAGAA